AUGUUGACUUGGUCUAGACAGAGAAGUGCUGAUGUGGCGAAACCUUUUUGCGACUGUUUCGCUGAUAACUCAAAAUCCAACAGUCUGGAAGACAUUCCUGGCUGCAAGUGUGGAGAACAUUCCAAAGAUAUUAGGGAAUGGCAAUGGGAAACCUCGACCAACACGGAGUCGAGUUGGGUGAAAAUGACACCUGACCAGACAGAAGUGACAUUUCACCCGUUCUAUAGUUCCGGUACGGCAGUGGUGAGAGGCAGCGCUCCUCUGGAACAUGGUUAUCACUACUAUUGGGAGAUCAAAAUGCUCACCGAACCUUAUGGAACUGACAUAAUGGUAGGAAUCGGUACACAUAAAGUUGAUACCACAUCGUCCCGCUAUCGCUUCACAUCUCUCCUGGGUCAAGACAAGGAGUCCUACGGCCUCUCCUACACCGGUGCUGUGCGUCACAAAGAGAUAGUCACCAGAGACGGACCUGGGUUCUGCAAGGGCACUGUUGUUGGUGUGAAAGUGGAUCUCUGGCAAGGAACUCUUGAGUUUUUCCUCAACAGGCAGUCCAGGGGAAUAUCAUUCUACAACCUGCGCCGUCAUCCAUCUCUUACACUCUUCCCUAUGGUUUCUUCGACGGCCGCUCAGUCUACUAUGCGUCUCAUCUACGCUGGAUCGUGGCAGGCUUCCCUUCUAGUUGAUGCGGCAAAGAUCCUGGGUACUUCGUUCCCUGGCGAUCUGAAUCUACCACCUGGGCUCAAGUCGAGGAUGAAGAAUCAAUUCUGGAUGAUGUUACCGAAUGAGAGUUGCAUCGCAGAGGAACGAAGGAAGGAGGCUUUGGCUGUUGCGGAAUCAAAAAGAAUGCAAAUCAAAACUGCAUGUAGUAAUAUACCAUUGCAUGAGUUAAUACUGUACUCCGAGUUUGCACCCUGCUAUAGGCACCCCCACAGGAACAACCCAGAGCACGUGGCGGUGCCUUUCGAAGCUGAUGGAUAG